UAAAUGCAAAAUCAAUGGCUCCGACUCCGACGAUCAGAACCAUCGGAAGUUACGCUACUCAGCAAAGGUUCUCUGUCGAUUUAUUCGGAGAUGUGUUCAACGUCACCGUGACGGCGGAUCCCUCGGUCAUCGGCCAAUGGGUCCACGACGUCCUCUUCAGCAGCCGCCGCUCCUCUCACCCUCUCCUUGUUGGAGUCGGUGUUCAGUGGACACCUUUCGUUAGUUAUCGCUCCGAUUCCCCACCGGUUAGUUAUCGCUCCGAUUCACCACCGGAUAGUUAUUGCUCCGAUUCGCCACCGGUUCGUUAUCGCUCGAAUUCCCCACCGGUUCGUUAUCGCUCGAAUGCAGAGGCGGAUACUCUGCAGCUAUGCGUUGGUAAUCGAUGUAUCAUCAUCCAGCUCUCUCACUGUCACCGCGUUCCGUUGGUCCUCCGUCGUUUCCUCGCGGAUCCAGAUAACACGUUUGUCGGUGUUAGGAAUUAUCAAGAUGCGAAAAAGCUAAAGGGAUCUAGACAUCAGUUGGAGAUUGUGAGGCUUUUGGAAUUGAUCGAGCACGUUGUGGAUUCGAGAGGAAGGAAGUGCCUCAAGGGUUGUUCGUUUGGGGUGAUUGUUGAGGAAAAUUUGGGUUACCAAGGUUUGGGGCUGGAUUCGGAGGUAAGCAGGAGCAACUGGAGUGUUGAGAACCUGAGCUACGAUCAGAUUUUUCAGGCGUCCAUAGAUGCUUAUUGCAGUUUCAAGCUUGGUGUUCUUGACCAUCUGUGGGAAGUUUGAGUAAACGUUUUCAAUGUUGCAAACCGUCUUUCUUUUGUUUUCUGAGUGAGAAGACAUUGUUUUCCAAUCGUAACAUUUUGUUUAUGUUUAUUUGCUUGCAUGAUUAUAGGAACAAAAUUUACAAAAUU